AUGGCUGCAAAGAGCAGGAAACAGGCAGUGAAAGAAUAUGAAAUAGAGGUAGCAGAUUCAGAACAACGUUUCUCAUGGUUUGAUGAUGUGAAGGGCAGGUUUGAAUUUCACAAGCCCGAAGAUGAUAAUCCAGAUGAUAAAUCAGGAAAGCUUUCUUCUGUCUCCAUAAACAAAGUGCCCAUGUAUCUCAAGGGCUUAAACAGAGAUGCAUAUCUGCCUCGAGUAGUCUGUUUGGGCCUUUUCCAUCAUAGGAUGUCUCAGCCACUCUCUGAAAUAGAGUUAUACAAAGUAGAGGCCGUAAAUCGCUCAGUGAAAAGGCUCCCACCAAACCAGCAGCACGCACGCUUUCUAGUGGAAAAAGUGCAGAGCUUGCUUCCAGAAAUUAGAGCAAACUACGAAGGAAAACCAGUGUGGGAGGAAGAAAUCCUUGCGUGGCUCUUCACUCUUGACGGAUGCUUCAUUCUAGAGACUCUAAGGCUUCUCAGUGAUGAAUCACAAUGGAACCUCAAUGGCGAUUCACAAUGGAACCUCGAUCCUGUUUUUAAUAGAAACAGGGUCCGUUCUAUUCAAUUCGAUAUCCUAACUGAUCUUCUAUUGCUUGAAAAUCAGGUCCCCAUAAUCCUUCUCCUUGGGCUGUUGGAAAUGGAGGACAAGUGCACAGAAGAAAAGGCAAGGAUAGAGCUGCUUAGAAUGAUAUGCGAUGGUAUAAUUGCCUUGGCUCACCCUUUCUCAUAUCAUCUGCAGCCAAAAACAGGGGAAACAGAAGCAGAGCACAAAGAACGCGAGGCAAAAUUGAAAGAAGCCCUCCAGUUGAAGUAUAAAAAUCUGAAGGAAUACAACCACAUUUUGGGAUUUUUUCAAGAUUUCAUUGUGCAUGAGUCCGAGAGUACCCAUGAAGGAGAAAAGAUUGAGAACGUUCGUAUUACGGUACCAGGGGAUCACCAUCAUCGUCGCCAUCAUCUUCUGCUUCAUCGUCAUAAGACAGCUCAUAAACUUAAGAAAGAGUCUCAUUAUCAUUACCUCGUGGCUUCUGCGACAGAGUUACACAAUAAUGGAAUGAAGUUUAACUCGUACGAGGGAGUUCCGUCCGCCAAAGAGCUCCGUUUCGAGAAACAGAAAAAGACUCUGUUUCUCCCUGUGAUAUGGGUUUCUGAUGCCACGGAUUUGAUCUUCAGGAACCUCAUGGCUGUGGACAUCUGCCAAGAAAAAGAGCUCACCAUUAUUUCAGAAUAUCUGUUUCUUAUGAAUAGUUUGAUCCAGUCUGAGAAGGACUUGGCUUUGGACGUGGCUCCAUUGGGACUGAUAAGGAAGCGAGUGACCUCUUCAAUUGUCUGUGUAAAGGAAUGA